CCAUUAAGCCCGUCGGAGCGUCACCUCUCCGCUCAUCCAAAUUCCGAAGACCUCGAGAUAUCUCCGAUCUUUUUACUUUCCCAAUUCCUCUUCUUCUUUUCGCUGAAUCGUCGUCGAUCCGUGCGAUCGAACCAAGGAUGUCGCUCAUCCCCUUCGGAUUCGGCCCCUGGCGGAGCGACGUCUUCGAUCCCUUCUCCCUCGACAUCUGGGAUCCCUUCGAGGGCUUCCCCUUCGAGUCACCUCUCUACUUCCCCCGUCUCUCCUUCCCUCCCGUCGCCUUCUCCGGCGAGGCCUCGGCCUUCAACGCCGCCCGUGUCGACUGGAAGGAGACCCCCGAGGCCCACGUGUUUACGGCCGAUCUGCCCGGACUGAGGAAGGAGGAGGUCAAGGUGGAGGUGGAGGACGGCCGCGUCCUCCAGAUCAGCGGCGAGCGGAACCAAGAACGCGAGGAGAAGACCGAUACCUGGUACCGCGUCGAGCGGAGCAGCGGCAAGUUCCUUCGGAGGUUCCGCCUGCCGGAGAACGCCAAAGUCGAUCAGGUGAAAGCCGCCAUGGAGAACGGCGUCCUCACCGUCACCGUCCCCAAGGAGGGAGUGAUGGUGCCCAAUGUUAAGUCGGUCGAUAUCUCCGGUUGAGUGGUAUGAUACUAUUGGCAAAGUUGAGAUUUGCAUAUGAGUAUUAUGUUCAGCUAGUUCUUCCUGCGAAUCGGUACUCUACCAUCACUCUGCAGUGUCGUAGUCUGUGAUGCGUUUGUCUUGAUUCGUGCGAUAUGAUCUUUUGUGUAUCAAGGAUGGCUGUAUAUAUGUAAUUGAAACACUCGUGCAGUUUUAUGUUCUUUGAUGGA